GCAGAGUGCUGGUUUUUUGAAUGUUCAUUGAAUCCGAUGAAGCCGACAUUGGAAUUUCUCUGGGCUCCAAGGACUGAUUUAACUGCGUUUUUUUCUGAGAUUGGGAGAGGAAAGAAAUGGGAAAUUCACUGGGCUGUGUUAAGGAGCCGAAAGAAUCCAUAGCUGUUCCUGAGAAGGCUCCCAUAUCUCCUAAGAAGAGGGUUCGGUUCAAAAGGAAGUGGAGAGGGAAGAAAACCCCUACUCUAGAAGCAUCUCCCAAGGAGGACCCUUUGGAAGCCACUGGAGUCAUUGAAGAGACCGAAACCCUAACCAAGUUAACAGCGAGUCUCCCAAAGGAGCACGCAGUAGGAGGGGCCAAGCACCCCCCAUUAGACACUGUGCUGCCUGGAGACUCAGCUCCCAACUCAGGGGUGGGUGAUCAAGGGAUGAUUGUGCAGGUAAAGGAGAGAUUCCAAGCAGAGAUCCAAACUGCUCACCUUUUGUUGGAGAAUGAGUCAUCAGUUGCUGGAGGGGUCUGGGAUUCCCUGGAAAAGGGUAUGACAGUCAUUGCUCACCUGCUUGAUAACCCAGCGGAAAGAAACUGUGAGAAAUCUGUGAGCCAACUGGUGGAGUUUCCGAGGACAGCAUCCUGCAGCAGCAGGGCUGUGCUACUGCCUUUGCAAGGAGAGACUGCAGUGGAGCAGGGAGGCACACUGCUUGGAUUUUGGAGCAGCACUUUGCCUGGGACAGACUACUCCUCUGACACAGGAGAUGGUGACCAACUUUUAAAGGGCUGGAGUGUGAGGGGAAGAACCAAGAAUGUUCUGAGUGCCCCUCCCACAGAGUCUUGGAUUGCUAAGUGCUCUGUUGCUUCAUCAAUACUAAAACAGUCAGGAGACCCUAUUUGCAUUGAACCUACCCGCGUGGGUCAAGUGUCCCACAGGGGUCCCAUAAUGCCUGCUUCCCAGAGUGAUUUAUCUGUCAGUGGCAUCGCUGUGAGCAUUUUGCCAUCUUCCUCUGGCUAUGGCAGUGAUGGGCUGCAUCUACAUGGGAUCCGGCCUGAAGAUACAGAACCUGAAAAGACCUCCACACCCUUCUCAGAAGAGGAUGGUACCCUGUCAUUGGAGAUCUCUGACAUCUACAUUAGUGGGGAGUCAGGGGAUAUGUCUGCCAAGGAGAAACUACUCUUGUGGACUCAGAAAGUCACGGCUGGUUACACAGGGAUCAAAUGCACCAACUUUUCUUCCUGCUGGAGUGAUGGGAAAAUGUUCAAUGCGUUGAUACACAGGUACAGACCCGAUCUGGUGGAUAUGGAGAGAGUGCACAUCCAGAGUAACCGGGAAAAUCUGGAGCAGGCUUUUGAAGUAGCUGAGAGACUCGGGGUCACGCGAUUGCUGGAUGCAGAAGAUGUGGAUGUACCAUCUCCAGAUGAAAAGUCUGUAAUCACUUAUGUGUCUUCAAUAUAUGAUGCCUUCCCCAAAGUCCCUGAGGGUGGCGAAGGGAUCAGUGCUACGGAAGUGGACUCCAGGUGGCAAGAAUACCAAAGCCGAGUGGACUCACUCAUUCCCUGGAUCAGACAGCAUACAAUCUUGAUGUCAGAUAAAUCUUUCCCCCAGAACCCUGUUGAAUUAAAGGCACUUUAUAACCAAUAUAUACACUUCAAAGAAACAGAAAUUGUUGCCAAGGAGAGAGAGAAAGGAAGAAUCAAAGAGUUAUAUAAGUUGUUAGAGGUGUGGAUUGAAUUUGGCAGAAUUAAACUGCCCCACGGCUGCCACCCUAACCAUGUCGAAGAGGAGUGGGGGAAGCUCAUCGUGGAAAUGCUAGAGCGAGAGAAGUCCCUACGGCCAGCUGUGGAGAGGCUGGAAUUGCUGCUGCAGAUUGCAAACAAAAUACAGAAUGGUGCUUUGAACUGUGAAGAAAAACUGACACUAGCUAAGAAUACACUGCAGGCUGAUGCUGCACACCUGGAAUCAGGACAGCCAGUCCAGUGUGAGUCAGAUGUCAUCAUGUACAUUCAAGAGUGCGAAGGUCUCAUCAGGCAGCUGCAGGUGGAUCUCCAGAUCCUACGGGAUGAGAAUUACUACCAGCUAGAGGAGCUGGCCUUUAGGGUCAUGCGUCUGCAGGAUGAGCUGGUCACCCUGCGCUUGGAGUGUACAAAUCUAUACCGGAAAGGCCAUUUUACUUCACUUGAGUUGGUCCCACCCUCUACUUUAACCACUACUCACCUGAAAGCAGAACCCAUGAACAAGACAACUCAUUCUUCUUCUACCUCCUGGUUUCGAAAACCUAUGACCCGGACUGAACUUGUAUCUGUCUCCUCCUCUGAAGACGAAGGCAGUCUCCGAUUUGUAUAUGAACUACUUUCUUGGGUGGAAGAGAUGCAGAUGGAACUGGAACGAGCAGAGUGGGGUAGUGACCUGCCUAGUGUGGCGCUGCAGCUGGAGAUGCAGCAGCACACCCACGCCAGUGUGGAAGAACUGGGCUCAAGCGUCAAAGACGCCAGGUUGUAUGAGGGAAAGAUGUCCCAGAAUUUUCAUACCAGCUAUGUUGAAACUCUUGGAAAAUUGGAGACACAGUACUGUAAAUUGAAGGAGACUUCUAGCUUCCGAAUGAGACACCUUCAGAGUUUGCACAAAUUUGUCUCCAGAGCUACAGCUGAACUGAUCUGGUUGAAUGGGAAGGAGGAAGAAGAACUAGCAUGUGAUUGGAGUGACAGUAACCCCAACAUCUCGGCCAAGAAGACCUAUUUCUCUGAGUUGACAAUGGAACUGGAAGGGAAACAAGAUGUAUUUCGUUCUCUGCAAGAUACAGCAGAACAGUUAUCACUUGAGAACCACCCAGCUAAGCAAACAGUGGAGGCGUAUAGUGCUGCUGUCCAGUCACAAUUGCAGUGGAUGAAGCAGCUGUGCUUAUGUGUUGAACAACAUGUGAAAGAGAAUGCAGCUUACUUUCAGUUCUUCAGCGAUGCUCGAGACCUGGAGUCAUUCCUGAGAAACCUUCAAGACUCCAUCAAACGAAAAUAUACCUGCGACCACAGCACCAGUCUGUCCCGCCUUGAGGAUCUGCUCCAGGACUCCAUGGCACAGGAUGAAAAGGAACAGCUUAUACAGUCCAAGAGUUCUGUUGCCAGUCUUGUUGGGAGAUCAAAAACCAUUGUCCAGCUGAAACCACGCAGUCCAGACCAUGUGCUGAAAAGCACUAUCUCUGUGAAGGCCAUCUGUGACUACCGGCAGAUUGAGAUCACUAUUUGCAAAAAUGAUGAAUGUGUGCUGGAAGAUAAUUCUCAGCGGACCAAAUGGAAGGUGAUCAGCCCUACAGGGAAUGAGGCAAUGGUGCCAUCAGUCUGCUUCCUCAUUCCCCCACCCAAUAAGGAUGCCAUUGAGAUGGCCAGCAGGGUAGAGCAGUCUUACCAGAAGGUGAUGGCCCUUUGGCACCAGCUGCAUGUUAACACCAAAAGCCUUAUCUCCUGGAACUAUUUGCGGAAGGACCUUGACCUUGUACAGACCUGGAACUUAGAAAAGCUUCGUUCCUUACCCCCAGGAGAGUACCACCAGGCUAUGAAGAACCUCCAGGCCCACUAUGAAGACUUUCUACAGGACAGUCAUGACUCUACCCUCUUCUCAGUGGCUGACCGCUUGCGACUGGAGGAGGAGAUGGAGGCUUGCAAAGCCCACUUCCAGCACCUGGUGAAAUCAAUGGAGAAUGAGGACAAAGAAGAGACUGUAGCCAAGGUGUACAUCUCAGAGCUGAAGAAUAUCCAACUACGCCUGGAGGAGUGUGAACAGAGACUGCUCAAACAGAUUCAGUCUCCAGCCAGCUCUAAGACUGAUAGAGAUGCCAGGCAGGACAUUGCAUUAAGGAUUGCAGAGCAGGAGCACACUCAGGAGGAUUUACAGCAUCUGAGCUCUGACUUGGAUGCUAUUUCCGGGAAAUGCAACAUCUUUCUUCAGCAGUCUCCAUCAGGCUCAAGUGCUGCCACUCUGCGCUCAGAGCUGAGCCUAAUAGUAGAAAAGAUGGGCCACAUCUAUGGUCUGUCUACUGUCUAUCUGAAUAAAUUAAAGACAAUUGAUGUGAUAGUACGUAGCAUACAGGAUGCUGAGCUCUUGGUCAAAGGUUAUGAGAUGAAGCUGAGUCAAGAAGAAGCUGUGCCAGCUGACCUCUCAGCUCUGGAGUCCCAUCAGGCCACGCUGCAGCACUGGCUUAAUGAUGUGAAGGACAAGAAUUCAGUGUUCUCAGUCCUGGGUGAGGAAAUCACUAAGGCCAAGGAAGUGGCAGAGCAACUUCAUCGCCCAACACCAGAGCAAAACUUGGAUUUGGAGCGUUAUCAGGAGAAGGGUUCUCAGCUUCAGGAGCGCUGGCACCGCGUCAUUGCCCAGCUGGAAACCCGCCAAUCUGAGGUAGAAAGUAUCCAGGAAGUUCUGAGAGAUUACCGAGCCUGCCAUGGAAGUCUUAUCAAGUGGAUUGAGGAAACCACUGCACAGCAAGAGAUGAUGAAGCCAGGCCAGGCAGAGGAUAGCAGAGUGCUGUCAGAGCAGCUCAGUCAGCAGACGGACCUAUUUGCAGAAAUCGAGAGAAACCAGACAAAACUGGACCAAUGUCAAAAAUUGUCCCAGCAAUAUUCCACUAUUGUGAAGGACUAUGAGUUGCAGCUGAUGACGUAUAAGGCCUUCGUGGAAUCGCAGCAGAAAUCCCCUGGCAAGCGCCGCCGAAUGUUUUCCUCUUCAGAUGCCAUCACACAGGAGUUCAUGGACUUGAGGACUCGAUAUACAGCUUUGGUGACAUUAACGACUCAGCAUGUAAAAUAUAUCAGCGAUGCUCUCCGGCGGUUGGAGGAGGAAGAGAAAGCGGUAGAAGAGGAGAAGCAGGAGCAUGUGGAGAAGGUUAAAGAGCUCUUGGGCUGGGUGUCUACCCUGGCAAGAAACACACAAGGAACAGCUACCUCACCCCACACCGGUGUGUCCACGGACAUUGAAAAGGCCAUUUUGGAGCAGCAGGUUCUGGCAGAAGAGCUGACAGCCAGGAAAGAACAAGUUUCUGAAGCCGUUAAAACUUCACAGAUCUUCUUGGCCAAGCAAGGUCAUAAGCUCUCAGAAAAAGAUAAGGAACAGAUCUCUGAGCAGUUGAGUGCCCUGAACAAGGCUUACCACGACCUUUGUGAUGGUUCUGCAAACCAACUCCAGCAGCUCCAAAGCGAGUUGGCUCAGCAGACAGAACAAAAGGGUUACAGAGCAGUUGCUGGGGUGAUUGACCUAGGCACAGUGGAGAUAUUUCCCAUCUUCAGAGCCAUGCAAAAGGGCCUCAUUGACCAAGACACAGGCCUUGUGCUCCUGGAAUCCCAGGUUAUCAUGUCUGGCCUCAUUGCCCCUGAGAAGAGUGAAAAACUCUCUUUGGAAGAGGGUCUCGCCAGAAACCUCAUUAACCUUCCAAUAUACCAUCAGCUCCUGGAGCUACAGGAUUCUCUGUCUUUAAUAAGCAGACUUAUGGAGACCCAAGGCCCCCUUUCUGUGGUGGAAGCCAUGGAAAAGAAAAGAAUCAGUGAAAGACUUGGACUGAAAGUCUUAGAAGCUCACCUGGCCACUGGAGGGUUCAGUCUCUCCCCCAGUGAGAACUGUGUCCAUCUGGAAGAAGCUUUUCAUCGAGGCUUCAUUUCCUCAGGGCUUAAUUCAGUAUUACAAUCUCACCUGAGAUCAUCCAAGAAUUUGAUAGACCCGAACACAGCUGAGAAAGUUGACUUGCUGGAACUGAUGCAGAGAUGUAUUAUUCAUCAAGAGUCAGGGCUGAAAUUGCUGCCUGUCAAGCAGUUGGCAGGGGGAAUGGUGAGCUUGAAAUCAGGUCGGAAGGUUAGCAUUUUCCGUGCUGUUCAGGAAGGGUUGAUAGACAGGCAGGUCACUGUCCGGCUGCUGGAAGCUCAGCUUUUUGCUGGUGGCAUAGUAGAUCCAAGAACAGGACACAGACUUACAGUGGAAGAGGCUGUGAGACAUAAUUUGAUUGACCAGGAUAUGGCCUGUGCUAUUCUCAUAAGACAGCUGCAGACAGGAGGCAUCAUUGACACUGUCACGGGGAACAGAAUGACUAUGGAUGAAGCAGUGAGCAAUAAUCUAGUAGCUGCUAAGACUGCCCUUGUCCUUCUGGAAUCCCUCUGGUCAUUCAUGGGGCUACUAUGGCCUGAAUCUGGUGAGAUCCUCCCAAUUACAGAUGCUCUAGAACAAGGUAUUGUGUCUACUGAAUUAGCACAUAAAAUCCUCAGUAAACGACAGCAAAUUGAGGCUCUUUUCCUACCAACAACUACAGAGAUCUGGUCCUGGAAGAAAGCAACAGAGAGUGGUAUCUUAGACAAAGAUCUUGCCAAUAACUUAAGAUCAACUUGUAUCCCUGAUGUGAUGCCUCAUAUACAGCUAGCAGACUCUGCAGAGCGAAGCAAAUUAGGUAUUGUUCCUGGUAUACCACCUCUGUCUUGCCAAAGAGAGAGAAUAGUAAGCCAUGGAGAGAAGCUGCUCUUUCAGCUGAUGACUCACAGCUAUAUUAAUGUACAAACCGGGCAGAGGCUGCUUCUGUUGGAUCAGGAGCUGUUGGAGAUGCUAACAUCCAGAGAUACAUACCAAACAGAUCUUCCAGAUGUAUUUGAAAUUCAGCAUCAAAGACUAGACAUUUCUGAGGAAUGGCAAGAACUGGAUAGUGGGAACAGCUCCCAAAUUUCCAGUGCUAAAUGUACUAGGAAGCCCUGUGAAUCCCAGUUUCCUUCUCAGGAGAAAGACUGUUCCAAUCAGGAAAACUGUACUGAAGCACAAGGCAAAAGGGCUGUUGUAGGAAUAGAAUGCCCUUCUGUGGAGAGCCUUGAAAGGGAUCCGUUUGUAGGAGAACAAAAAGCAGUUACUGCAAAUGUUGGCACAUUGAAGGUCAUAAAUAAAGUCAACUUAGAGCUACAAAGUCCACUGUUAGAUACUAGAAAGGAAGAACAAACAGAAAGGUUUAGCAUGGAAAAUAUAAGUGGAGACCCCCUUCUUGUGGAAUGUCCUGAGGAAUCUGAAGAUAUGCCCUUGGUGCUUGACAAAGACCUUCUUUCUACUGAGAAAUUAGAAUGGCAAGCUCCCACAAAGAUGUCCUUCACGCGUCAAAAAGAACAAGCAAAGACUGUCAGAACUGAAUAUAUUCCAAGUGAAACUGAAAUACCACUCAUAAAGUCCCAAAGCAAAAUGUCCCAAUUUCAGGUAGAGACUUCUCUAAGUUUGAAAUCAAAAUUUAAGUCAGAAAAUGAUAUGAAUAUUAAUUUUUUAGAGAGAGAGUUAAAUGCAGCAUCUUUGGCUAAGGAUAGCCACAAACAGGGCCAAAAAGGCCAGAGUGUUGCUGAUGGUCGUAUGGUGGGACUAGAAAAGACUGAUACAGAAGAUGAUGGUGGUGAGCCUUCCUGGUUAUGUAGCCAUACUUGCGAAUUGCUUGAAGACGCUACCCUCAGUACGUUAUCUGCACAGCUACUGGAUGGUGGUGUAUUUCAUGAAGAAACAGGUCAGAAACUCUUACUAAAUGAAGCAAUAGCCCAAGGCCUGGUGUCUAGCCAUACUGCUGUGAAACUUAUGGGAAAAUUGAACAUGUUUCGGGGCUUCUUUGACUCCCAGACCUGUGAGUCUUUGACAACUGAAGAAGUCAUUGAUGAAGGUCUGAUGGAUGAGAAAUUAUUACAUAAUGUCCUUAUGUCAGACAAAGCUAUAAGUGGUGUCUUAGACCCCAGAACCAACUCACUGUGUUCUGUGAAGCAGGCCGUGGCGGUUGGACUUCUUGACAAGGAGACAGCUACCAGGAUUUUAGAGGGGCAGGUGGUAACUGGUGGGAUUGUGGACCUGAAACGAGGCAAAAAGCUUUCAGUAACUUUGGCCUCAAACCUUGGUUUGGUAGACAAUGCUGACCAGACAGGACUUAUAAAUCUGGAAAAGGCUACCAAAGGCAGAGAUGCUGAAAAAGCAGUUAAGGAGAGAUUAAUUGGGUUACAAAUGGAAACAACAGGACUUACGGACCCUGACAGUAAAGCACCGUUAACAGUUUUGCAGUCCCUUGAUAGAGGUCUUCUGGAGAGAGGAGAAGCUGUUUCUCUGUUGGCUAAGCAAGUACUUGAUGGUGGUAUCAUUCAUCAUCUAUCUGGGUUGAGACUUUCUGUUGAUAAUGCCUUUAAACAUGGCUUAAUUGGUGAAGAUGUAGCCAGGCAGCUCAAAAAAGUUGAGCAUGUAAACCACCAUCAAUUUUUUCAUCCUCAAACAAAGAAAGCCCUUUCCUUCUCAGAAGCCAUAAAAUUAGAUCUUGUUUCUCCAGAAUUGAAAAGAGAAAUCCAAGAGAUUCAGGACUAUAGUGGGAACUUGCAGGAUCUCAUUUAUGGCCAGAAAGUGACCUUGGCAGAAGCUAACAAAGGAGAAGCCUUAGCUACUAAAACAGAACUACCUUCAGGAAUGAUGCACAGAGUUGUAGACCCUGAGAACUGCAGAAUCAUUCCCUACUCAGAGUUAGUAAAGAAAUGUAGGAUUGACAUUGAAUCUGGAUGGAGAUAUCUUGCAGUAAUCCCAUUCUCUGAUAUUAAAGAUGAGGUGAGCAGCAAAGUGCUUACACUGUCUGAAGCAAUUCAGCGUGGAAAAGUGGACUCUGCAUCUACACUGAAGGUUUUGGAAGCUCAGGCAAACACUGGUGGAAUCAUAGAUACAGCCACAGGAAAAAGAUUGACGUUGGCAUCAGCUUUGGAACAGAAACUAUUGGAUGAAAACAUGGCCAGAAUUAUUGGUUUUCAUCAGGUGUUAAGUGGAGGAAUUAUUGAUAUAUAUAAUGAUGAAAGAGUGACUUUAAAAGAUGCUGUAGAAAAACGAUUUAUCAGCCCUGAACUGGCAACUAUGAUCCAGGCAGAUACCUUAGAAAUGCAAGGAGGGACUGAAGUAUGUGAAUUGAAGGGUGAAUUUCCAAGAAAGGAAUUACUAGUUGAGUGUGGUAAGACCUCCAGGGGGAGCUACGACAAAGAGGAACAGGAGAGAGUGCUCCAGGUUGGAAGUCAGUGUGCCCAAGAAGAGGUGAAAGUGAGAGUUUUAAAUGGAGCAAAGCCAGAAAGGGGCGGGAAGAGUUCAUCAAAGGAGGUGGAAGGCAAGUCUCAUGAUGAGGAGAAAGCUUCUUCAGACAGGAAAGUAUCUGCCGGCAUCAUAAGUCCUGGUGGUCUUGAAAGUGGACCUUCACACCAAGUUUUGGUGAUGCAUCCCUGCUCAGAAGCUUCUGAUUUGAAAUUCAGAGAGGUAGCUAGAAGUCGCAUGAGAAAAUGUAGAGAUGUAGAGCAAGAGAAAGUUGUGACACAAAUAAAAGUGGUUUCUCAUGUAAAGCAAUCUACCUCAGGCCUGGAUGCUGCAGAAGCAAGAGAAUGGCAAGGGAAAAUGAUUUCAGAAGGACAAGACUCACACUAUGAAACAGCAGGCAGAUUGUUAAGUGAGCAAUCAGUGAACGUGAAUGUUAGUAAAAGAGAGAAGAGAGACAUGGUUAGGGAAGGAAAUGUCCAAACAGGCAAAGCUGAAGUUCUUUUGGGAGAAAAGUUGGACCAGGAAGUUAUUAUUGCUGAUGAACAUGACUCCUGUAUAAAGAGCCGAUCUAUGAGAAUGAUUGGAAGUGACAAGGGAGAAGAAGCUGGUAGAGAAAUGGACUUUUCUAUUAUUUGUAAAAUUGAAGGCUUCCCUUCCCAAAUGACAUCCAAAGAUGCUCCCCUAAGAAAUCAAGAUGUUUUACCAUUCUUCAGCGAAGGGGAAGUGAAAACUGUGAACCUCAGCUCAAUUUCAAAACCAGGAGAAAAAUUACCUCAAGAAAUUGCUAGUGCUGCCCAGAGGGAACCAUUCUCUUCUGAGACCCCAAGACCUGAAAAACUUAACUACCCAGGAUCAGAUGGAGAAGCCCAAGGGUCAGACAUACUCCACAUUUCCAAAAGAGAGAUGGCUGCCCAAAGAACCAGCAGACAGAAGACUACUGAUGGCCGAGAUCUGUGUGCUACAUCUAAGACUGAGGAAAACAGAGAGAAGAUUUUCCCAUGCCAAGAUUCUAAAGAAAAGUUAUACCAGGAAAUAUCUUUGGACUCAACAAGAGCUCAUAAAUUGGAAGAAACCACAGUUUCUACUCUAUAUGCAGAAGAAGUUAGUCAUGUAGACUCCUCAGAUAGAAAAGGUCUUCAUGAGGAUAGCAAAGGGGAUCCUGAGCUUUAUGGACAUCAAAAAUCUAAAACAGCAACAACCCAGGAAACAAAAUUUCUGGAAGUUGUAAAUCCCAUAAUUAAAAACCCAGAAGAAGGGUCCUCUGAAGAGACAAUGGAUCAGAAAGGACCCAGGGUCUCGGUACCCCUUUUUCCAGAGAAAUUAUCCAAAGGAAUAUUGCAGAAGGAGAGUAUAGAACAACAUGUUGCUGUCAUGAGUCCCACUGUUUCAGAAGUCAGUGAAAUGUCACUGUCCCUGCCAUCUUCUACAAUUAGGAUGGAUGAGAAGAUACCUCAGGAAAAGUACAAAGAGAUCCCUGGUGAGGAACAGGCUCCCUUCAUGGCUAUACCUGGAGGGAAGGGGAGAGAAGGUGUAAAUCCAGCACCCUGCAGAGCAACUCAGAAUGUGUUUACCCGGAGACUUUGUUUGGAACACGAUGAGAAGCUGGUGUCCUAUCUGUCUCUUUUACGGGACAUUGAAAUGAGAACCAAACAGAUUCAGCCUUUGGAGCUUAAUGUGGCAGAGCUACAGGAUCUGCUGUGUCAGGCCAAGGUACUAGACAGGGAACUGAAAGAUCUGUCCACUGUGGUGAGUCAGGAAUUGGAAUGUGUGGAUCGGAUUGUUAUCAGCCAGCCACAAGAAGUUCCUGCUCAGCUGUUGAAGGCGUUAGAGAAAGAUGCCAGAAACCUUCAGAAGUCUCUAGGCUCUGUGAGUGACUCUUGGAGUUCCAGACUCCUCCACCUCCAGAAUGCCAUGGAAGUGAAACAGACUACAGUGUUAAAUCAGUACAAAGAACUAGAAGGCAAACUUGAAGAUCUGAGAGCCUGGGUUGGCAGAACCAGUCUUUCUCUAAGCAGCAAGGGAUGGGACAGGGAAAGUGGUGCUGACAACCUGAGUCGCUCUCUCCAGCAGUAUGAGGAGAUGAAACAAUCUAUGACUGAAAGGAAAUCUCAACUGGAUGCUCUUGCUUUGGAUAUCCAGUUCUUUAUCUCUGAGCAUGAACAAGAUUUGUCUCUUCAGCAGAAUCAACAGAUGCAGCAGUGUUUGAAUGAAUUGCAGAGGUCCUUCCAGGACCUUGUGGAACAGACUGCUGCUCAGAAGGAAACAUUGCAGGACCAUCUUCAGCAAGUCCAGCAAGAAGUUCAGCUUAAGACUCUGCAGAAGCAACAAAGUACCUGCCAUCAGAAGCUGGAGGACCUUUGCAGCUGGGCUGGACAGGCAGAAAGAGAGCUGGGGAGGCACCAAGGCGGGGCCUCACAGCAGGAGCUUUGUGCUUUGCAGAAGAACCAAAGGGACUUGAAGGAUUUGCAGAGUGACAUUCAGAACCGUUCUGCCUCAUUUGCCUCGGCUGUCAAAGACAUUGAAGGGUUCCUGGAGGAGAACCAGACCAAGCUGAGCCCCCAGGAGUUGACAGCUCUUCAAGAAAAACUUCAUCAGGCUAAGGAGCAAUAUGAGGGUCUCCAGGAACGGACACGCGUGGCCCAGAAGGAGCUGGAGGAAGCAGUGACGUCAGCCUUACAGCAGGAGACAGAGAAGAGUAAAGCAGCGACCGAGCUGGCGGAGAACAGGAGGAAGAUUGAUGCUCUCUUGGACUGGUUGACUUCUGUGGGGUCAUCUGAAAGACAGCCACAGGCCAACCUUCUAGGAAUGGAGCAGCUUUCCAGAGCUAGCCUGGAAAAAGGAGCCUUGGAUGCCACUGAUGGUUAUGUGGAGGUGAACCAAGUGCCAGAGAAACUGGACAGACAAUAUGAGUUACUGAAGGCACGUCACCAAGAAUUGCUGUCUCAGCAGCAGAAUUUCAUUGUGGCCACCCAGUCAGCUCAGGCCUUCCUGGACCAACAUGGUCACAAUCUUACACCUGGGGAAGGACAGAGGCUGCAAGAGAAGCUAGGCGAGCUGAAGGAGCAGUAUGCUGCUUCCCUGGCCCAGUCUGAGGCAGAGCUGAAGCAGACGCAGACACUGCGAGAUGAACUGCAGAAGUUCCUGCAAGAGCACAGGGAGUUUGACAGCUGGCUGGAACAAUCCGAGAAUGAACUGGACAGUAUGCACAAGGGCGGCAGCAGCCCCGAAGCCCUGUGCUCCUUGCUAAAGCGGCAAGGAAGCUUCUCAGAGGAUGUCAUUUCCCACAAAGGAGACCUGAGAUUUGUGACUAUCUCAGGACAAAAAGUCUUAGACACAGAAAACAAUUUUGAGGAAGGCCAAGAACCAUCAGCUACCAGAAACUUAGUGAAUGAAAAACUGAAGGACGCAACAGAUAGAUACACCACUCUCCACUCUAAGUGUACACGAUUGGGCUCUCACCUGAACAUGCUGCUAGGCCAGUAUCGGCAAUUCCAGAGCAGCACUGACAGCCUGCAGGCCUGGAUGUUGACUUGUGAGGCCAGUGUGCAGAAGCUCCUCUCAGACACUGUUGCCUCUGACCCUGCAAUCUUGCAACAGCAGCUUGCAACAACAAAGCAGUUACAGGAAGAAUUGGCUGAGCACCAAGUACCUGUGGAGAAGCUCCAAAAAGCAGCUCAUGACCUAAUGGAAAUUGAAGGAGAGCCACCCCUGGACCAUAAGCCUAUUCAAGAAGCUACAGAUUCCAUAUUUAGCCGCUUCCAGAGCCUCUCAUGUAGCUUGGCUGAGCGCUCUGCUCUGCUGCAGAAGGCCAUUGCUCAGUCCCAGAGUGUUCAGGAAAGCCUAGAGAGCCUGCUGCAGUCCAUGAGGAAAGUUGAACAAAACCUGGAAGGGGAGCAGGUAGCAUCACUCUCAUCAGGGGUCAUCCAAGAAGUCUUGGCCAACAACAUGAAACUGAAACAAGACAUUGCUCGGCAAAAAAGCAGCUUGGAAGCCACCCAUGAGAUGGUCACUCGGUUCCUGGAGACGGCUGACAGUACCACAGCCUCGGUGCUGCAGGGCAAACUGGCAGAGGUGAGCCGGCGCUUCGAACAGCUCCAGCGCCAGCAGCAAGAAAAGGAGAGCAACCUAAAGAAGCUCCUGCCCCAGGCAGAGAUGUUCGAGCUUCUCUCCAGCAAGCUUCAGCAGUUCCUGGACACCAAAAGUCGAAUGCUGGCCUCUGGGAAUCAGCCAGAUCAAGAUAUUGCACAUUUCUCCCAGCAGAUCCAGGAGCUCACUUUGGAAAUGGAAGACCAAAAGGAGAGCCUGCAUACUCUUGAGCACCUAGUUACCGCACUGAGUUCUUCUGGCUUUGCACUGGACCUGUCUCAUCACCAGGACAAGAUACAGAGCCUCAAGAAGGAUUUUACAGAACUACAGAAGACAGCUCAAGAAAGAGAGAAAGAUGCAUCAACUUGCCAGGAGCAGUUGGACGAAUUCCGGAAGCUGAUUAGAACCUUCCAGAAAUGGCUGAAAGAAACUGAAGGAAACGUUCCACCUGCAGAGACUUUUGUGAGUGCUAAGGAGUUGGAAAAGCAGAUUGAACACUUGAAGGGUCUUCUAGAUGACUGGGCAAGUAAGGGGAUUCUGGUGGAAGAAAUCAAUUGCAAGGGUAUGUCCUUAGAAAAUCUCAUUAUGGAGAUCACAGCACCUGAUACCCAAGCUAAGACAGGUUCCAUACUACCCUCUGUAGGAAGCUCUGUAGGCAGUGUAAACGGAUACCACACCUGCAAAGAUCUUACGGAGAUCCAGUGUGACUUGUCUGAUGUGAAUUCAAAGUAUGAGAAACUGGGAGAAGUGCUUCGAGAACGCCAGGAAAGCCUUCAGGCUGUCCUCAGCAGAAUGGAGGAGGUUCAGAAAGAAGCAAACUCUGUAUUACAGUGGUUAGAAUCCAAAGAGGAAGUUCUGAAAGCCAUGGAUGUCUCCUUGUCUCCAACCAAGACAGAAACAGUAAAAGCCCAAGCAGAAUCUAACAAGGCUUUCCUGGCUGAAUUGGAACAGAAUUCCCCUAAAAUCCAAAAAGUAAAGGAAGCUCUGGCUGGAUUACUGGGGACAUAUCCCAACUCACAAGAAGCAGAAAACUGGAAAAAAAUGCAAGAGGAGCUCAAUUCCCGAUGGGAAAAGGCCACGGAGGUUACUGUGGCUCGCCAAAAGCAGCUAGAGGAAUCUGCAAGCCAUCUGGCCUGCUUCCAGGCUGCAGAAUCCCAGCUCCGCCCUUGGCUGAUGGAGAAGGAACUGAUGAUGGGAGUUCUGGGACCCUUGUCUAUUGACCCCAACAUGUUGAAUGCACAGAAACAGCAGGUCCAGUUUAUGCUGAAGGAAUUUGAAGCGCGAAGGCAACAGCAUGAGCAGCUGAAUGAGGCAGCUCAGGGCAUCCUAAUAGGUCCUGGAGAUGUCUCUCCAUCGACCAGCCAAGUGCAGAAGGAACUCCAAAGCAUCAAUCAGAAGUGGGUUGAGCUCACUGACAAGCUUAACUCCCGUUCCAGCCAAAUUGAUCAAGCUAUCAUUAAAAGCACCCAGUACCAAGAGCUGCUCCAGGACUUAUCAGAAAAGGUGAAAGCAGUUGGACAACGACUAAGUGGCCAGUCAGCCAUCAGCACCCAGCCUGAUGCUGUAAAGCAGCAACUAGAGGAGACCAGUGAGAUUCGAUCUGACUUGGGACAAUUAGACAACGAGAUUAAGGAGGCUCAGGCACUGUGUGAUGAACUCUCACUGCUCAUUGGUGAGCAGUACCUCAAGGAUGAACUGAAGAAGCGUUUGGAGACAGUUGCCCUGCCACUCCAAGGCUUAGAAGACCUUGCAGCUGAUCGCAUGAACAGACUCCAGGCAGCUCUCGCCAGCACCCAGCAAUUCCAGCAAAUGUUUGAUGAGCUGAGAACCUGGUUGGAUGAAAAACAAAGCCAGCAAGCAAAAAUCUGCCCAAUUUCUGCAAAAUUGGAGCGGCUUCAGUCUCAGCUACAAGAGAAUGAAGAGUUUCAGAAGCACCUCAAUCAACACAGUGGUUCCUAUGAGGUAAUUGUGGCUGAAGGGGAGUCUCUGCUGCUCUCUGUGCCUCCUGGGGAAGAGAAAAAGACUUUACAAAACCAGUUGGUUGAACUCAAAAGCCACUGGGAAGAUCUCAAUAAAAAAACUGCAGACCGACAGUCUAGGCUCAAGGACUGUAUGCAGAAAGCUCAGAAAUAUCAGUGGCAUGUGGAAGACCUUGUGCCCUGGAUAGAAGAUUGCAAGACCAAGAUGUCUGAGUUGCGGGUUACUUUGGAUCCAGUGCAGCUGGAGUCCAGCCUCUUGAGGUCAAAGGCUAUGCUGAGUGAGGCAGAGAAGCGCCGCUCCCUGCUGGAAAUACUGAAUGGUGCUGCUGACAUUCUGAUCAAUUCUUCAGAAAUAGAUGAAGAUGAGAUCCGGGAUGAGAAGGCUGGACUCAACCAGAGCAUGGAUGCCAUUACAGAGGAGCUACAGGCCAAAACGGGCUCUCUAGAAGAGAUGACUCAGAGGCUCAAGGAGUUCCAGGAAAGCUUUAAGAAUAUUGAAAAGAAGGUUGAAGGAGCCAAGCACCAGCUUGAAAUCUUCGAUGCUCUGGGCUCUCAAGCCUGUAGCAGCAAGAAUCUGGAGAGGCUACGAGCUCAGCAAGAAGUGCUGCAGGCCCUGGAGCCUCAGGUUGACUACCUGAGGAACUUCACUCAGGGACUUGUAGAAGAUGCUCCAGAUGGAGCUGAUGCCUCCCCGCUUGUGCAUCAAGCUGAGGUUGCCCAGCAGGAGUUCUUAGAAGUGAAGCAGCGUGUGAACAGUGGUUGCCUGACCAUGGAAAACAAGCUAGAGGGGAUUGGGCAGUUUCACUGUCGAGUUCGAGAAAUGUUCUCUCAGUUGGCUGACCUGGAUGAUGAGCUAGAUGGCAUGGGAGCCAUUGGUAGAGACACAGAUAGCCUCCAGUCACAAAUUGAGGAUGUUCGGCUAUUCCUUCACAAAAUCCAAGCCCUCAGGUCUGACAUAGAGGUCUCUGAGGCAGAGUGUCGGAAGAUGGUGGAGGAAGAGGGGACUUUGGACUUACUAGGACUCAAGAGGGAGCUAGAAGCCCUUAACAAACAGUGUGGAAAACUGACAGAGAGAGGGAAAGCUCGCCAGGAACAGCUAGCGCUCACACUGGGCCGCGUAGAGGAUUUCUACAGGAGACUGAAGGCCCUCAGUGAUGCCACCUCAGCUGCAGAAGAUGGAGAGGCCCUUCAGUGGGUUGUGGGGACUGAAGUGGAGGUCAUCAACCAGCAGCUAGCGGAUUUUAAAAUGUUUCAGAAAGAACAAGUGGAUCCUCUUCAGGUGAAAUUGCAGCAGGUGAAUGGACUUGGCCAGGGAUUAAUUCAGAGUGCAGGAAAAAACUGUGACGUGCAGGGUCUAGAACAUGACAUGGAGGAGAUCAAUACUCGAUGGAAUACACUGAAUAAAAAGGUUGCACAAAGACUUGCACAACUGCAGGAGGCUUUGUUACAUUGUGGGAAAUUUCAAGAUGCCUUAGAGCCAUUGCUCAGCUGGUUGGCAGACACUGAGGAGCUCAUAGCCAAUCAGAAGCCUCCAUCUGCUGAGUAUAAAGUGGUGAAAGCACAGAUCCAAGAACAGAAGUUGCUCCAGCGACUCCUGGAUGAUCGAAAGGCCACAGUGGAUAUGCUUCAAGCAGAAGGAGGCAGAAUAGCACAGUCCGCUGAGCUGGCUGAUAGAGAGAAAAUCACCGGGCAGCUGGAGAGUCUGGAAAGCAGAUGGACUGAACUCCUCAACAAGGCAGCAGCCAGGCAGAAACAGCUGGAAGAUAUCUUGGUUCUGGCCAAACAAUUCCAUGAGACAGCUGAGCCUAUUUCUGACUUCUUAUCUGUCACAGAGAAAAAGCUUGCUAACUCGGAACCUGUUGGCACUCAGACUGCCAAAAUACAUCAGCAGAUAAUUCGUCACAAGGCUCUAGAGGAAGAAAUAGAAAACCAUGCAACAGAUGUGCACCAGGCAGUUAAAAUUGGGCAGUCCCUCUCCUCCCUGACAUGUCCUGCAGAACAGGGUAUCAUGUCAGAAAAGCUAGACUCCUUGCAGGCCCGAUACAGUGAGAUUCAAGACCGGUGCUGUCGGAAGGCAACCCUGCUUGAGCAGGCACUGUUCAACGCUAGGCUGUUUGGGGAGGAUGAGGUGGAGGUGCUCAAUUGGCUGGCUGAGGUUGAGGACAAGCUCAGUGCAGUGUUCGUAAAGGAUUACAGACAGGAUGUCCUGCAGAAACAGCAUGCCGACCACCUGGCUUUAAAUGAAGAAAUUAUUAAUAGAAAGAGGAAUGUAGAUCAAGCUAUUAAAAAUGGUCAGGCUCUUCUAAAGCAAACUACAGGUGAGGAGGUGUUACUUAUCCAGGAGAAGCUGGACGGAAUAAAGACCCGUUACGCAGACAUCACAGUCACUAGCUCCAAGGCCCUCAGAACUUUAGAACAAGCCCGGCAGCUGGCCACUAAGUUCCAUUCUACAUAUGAGGAACUAACUGGGUGGCUGAGGGAGGUGGAGGAGGAGCUGGCAGCCAGUGGAGGACAGUCUCCCACAGGGGAGCAAAUACCCCAGUUUCAGCAAAGACAGAAGGAAUUGAAGAAGGAGGUCAUGGAGCACAGGCUGGUGUUGGACACAGUGAAUGAAGUGAGCCAUGCUCUUCUAGAACUGGUGCCCUGGAGAGCCAGAGAAGGGCUGGACAAACUUGUGUCUGAUGCCAACGAGCAGUACAAACUGGUCAGUGACACUAUUGGACAAAGGGUGGAUGAAAUUGAUGCUGCUAUUCAGAGAUCACAACAGUACGAGCAAGCUGCUGACGCAGAACUAGCAUGGGUUGCUGAAACAAAGCGAAAGCUGAUGGCACUUGGUCCAAUUCGUCUAGAACAAGACCAGACCACUGCUCAGCUGCAGGUCCAAAAGGCUUUCUCCAUUGACAUCAUCCGACACAAAGAUUCAAUGGAUGAACUGUUCAGUCACCGUGGUGAAAUCUUUAGCACAUGUGGAGAGGAGCAGAAAGCUGUAUUGCAGGAGAAAACUGAGUGUCUAAUACAGCAGUAUGAAGCUGUUAGCCUGCUCAACUCAGAGCGCUAUGCCCGCCUAGAGCGGGCACAGGUCCUGGUGAACCAGUUUUGGGAAACAUACGAAGAGCUUAGCCCCUGGGCAGAAGAAACUCUGGCAUUAAUAGCACAGCUGCCCCCUCCAGCUGUUGAUCAUGAGCAACUCAGACAGCAGCAGGAAGAGAUGAGGCAACUAAGGGAAUCCAUCGCUGAACACAAGCCUCAUAUUGAUAAGAUACUAAAGAUAGGCCCACAACUAAAGGAGCUAAACCCUGAGGAAGGGAAAAUGGUGGAAGAAAAAUACCAGAAAGCAGAAAAGAUGUAUGCCCAAAUAAAAGAUGAGGUGCGCCAACGGGCCCUGGCUCUGGAUGAGGCUGUAUCCCAAUCCGCUCAGAUUACAGAGUUUCAUGAUAAAAUUGAACCCAUGUUGGAGACUCUGGAGAAUCUUUCCUCUCGACUGCGGAUGCCGCCCCUGAUCCCUGCUGAAGUAGACAAGAUUAGAGAGUGCAUCAGUGACAAUAAAAGUGCUGCCAUGGAGCUGGAGAAACUGCAGCCAUCCUUGGAGGCCCUGAAGCGUCGAGGAGAAGAGCUCAUUGGGAGAUCUCAGGGGGCAGACAAGGAUCUGGCUGCAAAAGAAAUCCAGGACAAGCUGGAUCAGAUGGUAUUCUUCUGGGAGGACAUCAAAGCACGGUCUGAAGAACGAGAAAUUAAAUUCCUUGAUGUCCUUGAAUUAGCCGAGAAGUUCUGGUAUGAUAUGGCAGCUCUCCUGACCACCAUCAAAGACACCCAGGAUAUUGUCCAUGACUUGGAAAGCCCUGGCAUUGACCCAUCCAUCAUCAAGCAACAGGUUGAAGCUGCUGAGACAAUUAAGGAGGAGACAGAUGGUCUGCAUGAGGAGUUGGAGUUCAUUAGAAUACUUGGAACAGAUUUGAUUUUUGCCUGUGGAGAAACUGAGAAGCCUGAAGUGAAGAAGAGCAUUGAUGAGAUGAAUAAUGCUUGGGAGAACUUAAACAAAACUUGGAAAGAAAGGCUAGAAAAGCUUGAGGAUGCCAUGCAAGCGGCUGUGCAGUAUCAGGACACUCUCCAGGCUAUGUUUGACUGGCUGGAUAACACUGUGAUCAAACUCUGCACCAUGCCCCCAGUGGGCACUGACCUCAACACUGUCAAAGAUCAGCUAAAUGAAAUGAAGGAGUUCAAAGUAGAGGUUUACCAACAGCAAAUUGAGAUGGAAAAACUCAAUCACCAGGGCGAAUUGAUGUUAAAGAAAGCUACCGAUGAAACAGACAGAGACAUUAUACGAGAACCACUGACAGAACUCAAACACCUCUGGGAGAAUCUGGGUGAGAAAAUUGCCCAUCGACAGCAUAAGCUAGAAGGUGCUCUCUUGGCCCUUGGCCAGUUCCAACAUGCCUUAGAGGAACUAAUGAGUUGGCUAACUCACACUGAAGAGUUGCUUGAUGCUCAGAGGCCAAUAAGUGGAGACCCAAAAGUCAUUGAAGUUGAGCUUGCAAAACACCAUGUUCUAAAAAAUGAUGUUUUGGCUCACCAAGCCACUGUGGAAACGGUCAACAAAGCUGGCAAUGAACUUCUUGAAUCUAGUGCUGGAGAUGAUGCCAGCAGCCUAAGGAGCCGCCUGGAAACCAUGAACCAGUGCUGGGAAUCUGUGCUGCAAAAGACAGAGGAGAGGGAGCAGCAGCUGCAGUCAACUUUGCAGCAGGCCCAGGGUUUCCACAGUGAAAUUGAAGAUUUCCUCUUGGAACUCAAUAGAAUGGAGAGCCAGCUUUCUGCAUCUAAGCCUACAGGAGGACUCCCUGAGACUGCUAGAGAACAGCUUGACACACAUAUGGAACUGCAUUCCCAGCUGAAAGCCAAGGAAGAGACUUACAAUCAGCUGCUUGACAAGGGCAGGCUUAUGCUCCUCAGCCGUGGUGAUUCUGGGUCUGGUUCAAAAACUGAACAGAGUGUAGCUCUCUUGGAACAGAAGUGGCAUGUGGUCAGCAGUAAGAUGGAGGAAAGAAAGUCAAAGCUUGAAGAGGCUCUCAGCCUGGCAACAGAAUUCCAGAAUUCCCUGCAAGAAUUUAUCAACUGGCUUACUCUGGCAGAGCAGAGUUUAAACAUCGCCUCGCCUCCCAGCCUGAUUUUGAACACUGUUCUGUCCCAGAUAGAAGAGCACAAGGUUUUUGCUAAUGAAGUAAACGCUCAUCGAGACCAGAUCAUCGAGCUGGAUCAAACAGGGAACCAGUUGAAGUUCCUUAGUCAGAAACAGGAUGUUGUAUUGAUCAAGAACCUGUUAGUUAGUGUCCAGUCUCGGUGGGAGAAGGUUGUCCAAAGAUCCAUUGAAAGGGGGAGGUCACUGGAUGAUGCCAGGAAGCGGGCAAAGCAGUUCUAUGAAGCUUGGAAAAAAUUAAUUGACUGGCUAGAAGAUGCAGAGAGUCACCUGGACUCAGAACUGGAGAUUUCUAAUGACCCAGACAAAAUCAAACUUCAGCUUUCUAAACAUAAGGAAUUUCAGAAAACUCUUGGUGGCAAACAGCCUGUGUAUGAUACCACAAUCAGAACUGGUAGAGCAUUAAAAGAAAAGACUUUGCUUGCUGAUGAUACUCAGAAACUUGACAACUUGCUAGGAGAAGUCAGAGACAAAUGGGAUACUGUCUGUGGCAAGUCUGUGGAACGACAACACAAGUUGGAAGAAGCCUUACUGUUUUCAGGCCAGUUCAUGGAUGCUUUGCAGGCGUUAGUUGACUGGUUGUACAAGGUGGAGCCACAGUUGGCUGAGGACCAGCCUGUACACGGGGACCUUGACCUUGUCAUGAACCUCAUGGAUGCCCAUAAGGUAUUCCAAAAAGAACUAGGGAAGCGGACCGGCACUGUUCAAGUCCUGAAGCGGUCAGGCAGAGAGCUGAUUGAGAACAGUAGGGAUGACACAACUUGGGUAAAGGGACAGCUCCAGGAACUGAGCACUCGCUGGGAUACUGUGUGCAAACUCUCUGUUUCCAAGCAAAGCCGGCUUGAGCAGGCCUUAAAACAGGCAGAAGAGUUUCGGGACACAGUCCAUAUGCUGUUGGAAUGGCUUUCUGAAGCAGAACAAACACUUCGCUUUCGAGGGGCCCUUCCUGAUGACACAGAGUCCCUACAGUCUCUCAUUGACACUCACAAGGAAUUCAUGAAGAAAGUAGAAGAAAAACGGGUUGAUGUGAACACAGCGGUGGCGAUGGGGGAAGUCAUCCUGGCCGUCUGCCACCCCGAUUGCAUCACAACCAUCAAACACUGGAUCACCAUCAUCCGAGCUCGCUUUGAGGAGGUCCUGACAUGGGCAAAGCAGCACCAGCAGCGCCUGGAAGCUGCUCUGUCAGAGCUGGUGGCUAAUGCUGAACUCCUGGAAGAACUUCUGGCCUGGAUCCAAUGGGCUGAGACCACCCUAAUCCAGCGGGAUCAGGAGCCUGUCCCUCAGAAUAUAGACCGAGUUAAAGCUCUUAUCACUGAGCAUCAGUCAUUUAUGGAAGAGAUGACGCGCAAACAGCCUGAUGUGGACCGGGUCACCAAGACAUACAAGAGGAAGAAUGUCGAACCCACCCAUGCUCCUUUCAUUGAGAAGUCCCGCAGUGGUAGCAGAAAGUCCUUGAGUCAACCCACUCCUCCUCCCAUGCCAAUCCUCUCACAAUCUGAAGCAAAAAACCCACGAAUCAACCAGCUCUCUGCCCGCUGGCAGCAAGUAUGGCUGUUGGCACUGGAGCGCCAGCGGAAGCUGAAUGAUGCCUUGGACAGACUAGAGGAGUUAAAGGAAUUUGCCAACUUUGACUUUGAUGUCUGGAGGAAAAAGUAUAUGCGGUGGAUGAAUCACAAAAAAUCUCGAGUCAUGGAUUUCUUCCGGCGUAUUGACAAGGACCAGGAUGGGAAGAUAACACGUCAGGAGUUUAUCGAUGGCAUUUUAGCAUCCAAGUUCCCUACCACCAAGUUAGAGAUGACAGCUGUAGCUGACAUUUUUGACAGAGAUGGGGAUGGCUACAUUGACUACUAUGAAUUUGUGGCUGCCUUACAUCCCAACAAGGAUGCCUAUCGACCAACAACUGAUGCAGAUAAAAUUGAAGAUGAGGUCACAAGACAAGUGGCACAGUGCAAGUGUGCAAAAAGAUUUCAGGUGGAACAGAUUGGAGAGAAUAAAUACCGGUUCUUCCUCGGCAAUCAGUUUGGGGACUCUCAGCAGUUGCGGCUGGUCCGUAUUCUGCGCAGCACUGUGAUGGUCCGUGUUGGCGGAGGAUGGAUGGCCUUGGAUGAGUUUUUAGUGAAAAACGAUCCCUGCCGAGUUCAUCAUCCUGGGAGUAAAAUAAAGCGUUCUGAUUCCAGCUCUUCGGUUUCCAGCCAGUCUCCCCUAGCACGAGGCAGAACUAACAUAGAACUUCGAGAAAAAUUCAUCCUGCCAGAAGGGGCAUCCCAGGGGAUGACUCCAUUCCGAUCACGGGGUCGAAGAUCCAAACCAUCUUCCCGAGCUGCUUCUCCCACCCGCUCCAGCUCAAGUGCUAGUCAGAGUAAUCACAGCUGUACGUCCAUGCCUUCUUCUCCAGCCACCCCAGCCAGCGGGACCAAGGUUAUUCCAGCAACAGGCAGCAAGCUAAAACGACCAACACCAACUUUCCAUUCUAGCCGAACAUCCCUUGCUGGCGACACCAGCAAUAGUUCUUCUCCAGCUUCCACGGGUGCCAAAGCUAACCGGGCAGACCCUAAGAAGUCUGCCAGCCGUCCUGGGAGCCGGGCCGGGAGCCGGGCCGGGAGCCGAGCCAGCAGUCGGAGAGGAAGUGAUGCCUCUGACUUUGACCUUCUAGAGACUCAGUCGGCUUGUUCAGACACUUCUGAAAGCAGUGCUGCAGGGGGCCAGGGCAGCUCCAGAAGAGGGCUCACCAAACCUUCCAAAAUCCCAACCAUGUCGAAGAAGACCACCACUGCCUCUCCCAGGACUCCGGGUCCCAAGCGAUAACACUGUACAAGCACCUCACACCACUAUCCACUUUGAAUCCUGCUCCAUACAUUGGGUGUAUAUUUAUUCUGAACGGGAGAAGUUAUAUUGUUAAAAUUGUAAAAGAAUAAUUGUGUUAUGAAGCUGCCUUAUUUUUUUUUUUCCUUUUUGUAAGUUACUAUUUUCAUGUGAAUAUUUAUGUAGAUAAAAUUUGCCUCCUGGUAACCCUGUAAUGGAUGGGGCCCAGAGAUGAAAUAUUUGAGGAAAACAAAAGGUCAAGAUGCAAAUGUGUAUUAAAAAGAAAAGCCUCUAAAUAGGGUUUCAUGUGGCGCAGGGUUGUAAACCUGCUUUAUCUUUUAGGAUUAUUCCUAAAUGCAUCUUCUUUAUAAACUUGACUUGCUAUAUCAGCAAGAUAAAUUAUAUUAAAAAAUAAGAAUUCCGCAAUGUUUAA